AUGGGCUCGAAACUGUCACCGACGGGCCGCCUCCUUACGAUGAGGAACCCCUUCACUAGGGCCUUCGUGCUCGCAGUCUGCCUGAUGGCGCUGGUCGUUGUCCUGCUGAGAUCCGACGCCGACAUGCGCUCGGCUGUCGUACGUUCUGCCAACAAGGCCAAGGGCAAGAUCUCGCAGCAUCCUAUUUUUGCCGGCGGCAAGGACGAGGCCGGCCCUAGACAGAACGCGACCCAUACCAUGGACUGCGGCUAUGACAUGGAGCAGCUCCGCACGAUACGAAAGAAAUACGAACUAGACGAGAGCUUCGAGUACUUCAAGAGGUACAUCAAGCUCUCGAGGGACGACUCCCACAAGCGGUCGUCGAUGACCAAGGUAAAGCAGGACCUUUUGCCCUCCCAGUUCAGUAUCAUCGACACUACACGGGAGUAUCAUCCACAAGAGUGCCCGGAGCCCCUGCAUGUACCGGUCACGCUAUCUCCACGGCCCCAGACGGCAGAUCUCUCCGACUUCAUGUUCGGGGUCUCUACCACCUACAAGCGCUUCAAGGACCCCAAGACCAGCUCAAUCAGAGAGUGGUCCUACUGGCUCACUGAUGGCCGGGGCAGCUCCAAUGGAGGGAAGCUGGUGCUCCUGCUGCUCGACGCCAACAACUACGAGCUGCAGGACGCACGCAAGAAGCUCCGGGAAGCUGGCAUCGACGCGGACGUCUACGCCUCGGACGGCUCCAUGGAGAUGGCUGUCCGGUACCUGACCCUCAUCCCGACGCUCUACCAGCACAGCGAGCGCAAGAACAAGAAGUGGCUCGUCUCGUGCGACGACGACACCUUCUUCCCCUCGCCCAACGCCCUCGUCGAGCGCAUGGCCGAGUUCGACACCAGCCUGCCGCUCUACGUCGGCACCCUGUCCGAGGACGUCAACAACAUCCAGCGCCACGGCUCCCAGGCCUUUGGCGGCGCGGGAGUCUUCAUCUCCGUGCCGCUGGCCGAGCAGGUCGCGCGCCACUACUCUAGCUGCAAGACCGAGGAGGCCGUCAAGGAGGCCAACACGGGCUGGGGCCCGCAGGGCGACAUCCUGCUGCGCAACUGCAUCUACAAGAACACCGACGUGCGCCUGACGGCCCUCUGGGACCUGUGGCAGCUCGACUUGUACAACGACCCGUCGGGCUUCUACGAGUCCGGCGUCAAGCCGCUGAGCCUGCACCACUACCGCGGCGGCGGCGGCUGGCACACGGCCCACCCCUUCGAGUACACCAAGAUCGCGCGCCUCUGCGGCGAGGACUGCACCAUGCAGCGCUUCCAGACGGCCGACGACUUCGUCAUCGCCAACGGCUUCAGCGUCGCGCGCUACCCGCGCGGCGUCGACUUCAACGCCCAGCAGGUCGAACGGACCUUUACGCCCGCGCCCGAGGACCGCGGGUGGAACCUCGACUUCCGGUUCGGCCCGCAGCGCAAGAGCCUGCUGCAGACGGGGCGGAAGAUCUCGUGGGACCUCAAGGAGGCGAGCGUGCGCGGGGACGGCAGCGUGAGCCAGGUCUACGUGCGCCACAAGGACGACUACCGCUGGAAGGACGAGCAGGGCAACGCGAUGAGCCACUUUGACGGGGUUAUCGAGCUGAUCUGGAUCGCGUGA